AUAUUCAUUAUCUCCAAUCUCUUCAUUUUCUUUCUAUAUAUACUAUACACCCAUCAUUCUUAAUUUCCAUCAACCCUUCAAAUUCAAUUCAUAUAAUUCAAAACAGAACAUAACAGAACAUGGCCGAUAACAAACAACCACAAUUAAAUGGCGCCUACUACGGCCCUGCCAUUCCACCUGCAGAACAACCGCGUCACCGCCACCGCAACCACCGCAGCAGAAGCUGUUUCUGCUGCCUCUUCAGUUUCUUCUGGAAGCUUCUAAUUUCACUCCUCGUCCUCGCCGGCCUCGCAAUCUUAAUCUUCUAUCUCAUUGUUCAACCACGCGCUUUCAAAUUCUACGUCACUGAAUCCAAACUAACACAAUUCGAUUACACAAACAACACACUACACUACAACAUGCUCCUCAAUUUGACAGCACGCAACCCAAACAAAAAACUAAGCAUCUAUUACGACAAAGUUGAGGCACGAGCAUUCUACCAAGGUUCAAGGUUUGCAAAUGUGGAUGUGAUUACACACAUGAAUUCGUUUCGACAAUAUAAGAAGAGUAGCAAUCCUAUGAGCGGUGUUUUCUCGGGACAACAUUUGUUGAUGUUGGACAAUGAUCAAGUUUCUGAGUAUAAGAAAGAUAAGAGUGAUGAAGUUUAUGAUAUCUAUGUGAAACUUUACUUUAGGAUUAGGUUCAGGCUUGGAGAUUUGAUAUCGGGUGAUUAUAAGCCUAAGGUUAAAUGUGAUCUCAAGGUUCCUUUGAGUUCUAAAAAUACUACUGCUACGUUCACUCCACUUUUGCUCACCAAGUGCGAUGUUGAUUUCUAUUAGCUUCUAUGUAUGCCUUUCCCAAUUUCUUGGAUAUCAUUAUUUCAUUUCUUAUUCUUUUACUGUAUCAUACUAUGUAUUUUCCUUGCAAUAAAUAAUUAUUUUAUUUUGUUCUCUUGA